CAAAUUAGCAUAUCUAAUUUGUACAAGGUGGUUCUGCCUUGGUUUCGCUUGCCAUCGCUCAAAAGUCUGCACCUUUUAUCGGUCAAGUUCUCGGGUGAAGAAUCCAUUGCAAGUUUCUUACAGAUUUGCCCUGUUCUUGAAUAUUUGGUUAUAGACAGUGUGAUAGAUGACAAUGUGAUGAUACUCAACAUCAACGCGCCUUCUUUGAGGAGCUUAUCUAUUGAUAACUCUAUAGGGGAACGUACCUACGUUGAGGAGAAUCAUGCGUUUGUGAUAAAUGCUCCUUCUUUGGAGAAAAUGAACUUUAAAGAUACAUUCAGUAGCUGUCUAGUGUUUGAGCAUAUGCCGGAGGUGAUAGAGGCGAAUAUCCAGGUUAUUUGUGGCCAGUCUGAGAACUUCAUAGGGUCUCUUACCUCAAUCCGUCAUCUCCCUCUAUGUUCUCUAUCUUCAGAGACACCAUAUCCUAGUGGCACUACCUUCCCCUAUCUUGAACAUUUAGAGCUAUGUACAUGUUCUGAUGAAUGGGCCAAUCUACUUGCUUGUUUACUCAACGACGCUCCAACAGUCAAAUAUCUAAAGCUUAAGUCGCAACAUGGUGCCCAUUACAAUGAUCCGAUGGUCCUCUGGAAGGAACCAACAGCUGUUCCGGAAUGUUUAUCGACGCAUCUAGAGAUCAUGGAAUGGAGACAAUAUGAAGGCACAGAGCAAGAGAGGCAUAUGGCUGCGUACAUACUAGCAAACGCUACAUGUUUAAAGACGGCGACAUUCUCAACAAGAUGUGGAGACAAACAUCACAACGUGCUCAGAAAGUUGAAGAAUCUAAACAGAGGUUCAAAGACAUGUCAGUUAUUGUGUGACUAAACUCUUAUGUGAUGUGGUGUGUGUGUCUCUCUAGAAGACACAUGAGAUUCUUAGGUUUUUUCUUCCCUUUUCUCUGACUUUAUUUUUGUAGUUUAUGGGUUUUAUUUUCCGAAUCUCAAGACCUUUUAUUAUACAAGAUUUAUAUCCUCUCUGCAUUCCAAGAGGAUAUUCAGAACAAAGAUCUCUCAAGUCCAUGAUUAUUUUGGUCGCUGCUUGAAUUAUGUAAAAUCUUAAAAAUAUAUUAAUUAUGUACAAAACUUAGAUUUAUACUACCUAGAAUUUUUUUAAGAAAAAGAAAAAUACUUAUGAGCCUUAAAAACCUGGAUCAAGAUUUAAUUUAACCAUUUUAAGCAUUAUAUACCAAUACAAAUAAAUGACUGUAUCACUCAUUGGUGACUAGUGAUUGACAUACAUUACUUUGAAUCUAACUCUUAAUGAGAAUGCAGCACAAAAAGAAAAAUGACCCGUAGAUUCUAUACA